UUUUGUGGGAUUCUUGUUUCAUCAAUUUUGGCACGCAGCUGUUGUACCAAGAGCAUUUUCUGUUGUACUUCGUGGGAUUCUUGUUUCACCAUCCAGGAUGGCGGCGGCGGAAUCAUUGUCGGCUCAAAGUUCUGGCGCUGCGUACAACUUUUUUAAAGACAUGUACCUGUACCUAAAGGGUGAGCGACAAGACGCCAAGGAUUUGGAAAAACGAAUAAGUGAGCUGAUAGAAAAUCUGACGUUCUUACACUCAGAGGAUGAAAAAAUCGAACGAUCCUUGACAAGUUUGGUCUCCGCAGAGAAAACCAAAUUCUACGAAACGAUGAAAGCAAGGAUCGCCGGCAUCGAUAAACAAACAAGCAAGCUCAUCAACAAGUACACGAGGCUCACCGGGAACCACCUGAGCGCAACAACUCCGAGCUCGAGCAUUGAAACGCUCAACGAUCUGAAAUCGAAGAUGGCGACACUCAAUUUCUUCAAGCUCGCGGGGCUGAGCCAAGACGUCGCCAAGCUGAACAAGCGCGCACUCGAUCUUGCGGUUAAACUGAAACCGGACUACAUGAUACAGAAGAAGGCGAAACCGAAUCAGCAGAAGCUGGAUGAAGAUGCCAACGCUCUCCCCGUUUUCGAUCAAUACGUCAACGAGAUUUAUCACCUGUUUGAGAAUGAGGGAUGCAACUGUGUUGGCAUCCUCGGCUGUGAAGGAGCGGGGAAAACAACCGUGCUGCGAAAGCUGUACAACCGGCUGCUGGAGGACUCGCUUUCCGGCGACGAAGAGCACCUCAAGCUGGAUCACAUCAUCCGGAUAGAUUAUCCACCGGUUUCGGAGAAAGAAGAAGAUAAAAAUAUGAAUGUGGAGAAAUUGCAGAAUGAGAUGAUGGAGCAGCUGGGGAUACCUCAUGAGGCUUCCAAGAGUAGAUGUAGGAAUGCAAACACAAUCUCCGCAUUUCUGUGUGAUAAGAGAUAUGCGUUGCUCAUGGAUCACGUCUCCAAAUCCAUCGAAUUGGAGGACCUCGGAGUGAAAGAAGACCACAAGUAUAAGAAAGUGGUGGUUUGUUCAUCGGAGAAGGAGGUGGUCCGCAAGAUGACGGAACAGAAGGUGGAGAUACAGCGGCUGACGGAGAGCGAGGCGCUGGAUCUGUUCGAGAACGAAUGCGGGAAGCUGUACGGCCGAAAAGGAGAAAUUGCCAAGUUGAUCAUCGAGAGCUGCGGAGGGGUAUGGUCGUUGGUUCGCUUUGUGGCUCGUCAGCUCAAGGACAAGGAAGAUGAUGACUCGUGGAAUUAUAUGAAGAAGAGCUUGCAGUCCGACACCAGGUCUCCUAAAUUGAUCGACCUAGGGCCUUAUGCCAAGGUUUAUGAGAUCAAAUAUGAAGGGCUGCCACCAGAUGCUAAGAAGUGCUUGCUCUACAGUGCGUUGUUUCCACUUCAGCACUCAAUCCGCACAGAUUGUCUUGUAGAAUGUUGGAUUGCGGAGGAGUUCAUUGUUGAGAAAGCAGACCAGAAAGUAAGGGCUAGUAGGGUGAUUGGACAGGGGAUUCUGGACAAGCUAACAGAUGAUUACCUGCUGCAAUGGUAUUCUGGUAAAAAGUAUGUCGUGAUGCCGCCGUUUUUCAGGAGGGUCGCCCUGGAGCUGGAUUACCCCGGUGAGGAGAGUUGCAAGAACUGGGUGCGGUCCUGGGAUAGUAAGCCUGACGAAAAUAUUUGGGCGACGGUCACGAGAAUGUCGUUGAUAGGUUGCAGGAUGGAGCUGCCAAAGUGUCCAAAAUGCCCCAACAUGUACACCUUGCUGCUGCAGUCCCUGAAGCAGGAGGCGAAGAGCCUUCCUGAGUCCUUCUUUGCUCACAUGGAGAGCCUUAAGGUGCUGGAUUUGAAUCAGACGGAGAUAACGACGCUACCAGGGUCAAUCAACAAGCUCGUGAACCUCAAGACCCUGUACCUGAAUGGCUGCCUUGGCAUUGUUGUUCUGCCGCCUGAAGCUGCUAGCCUUGUGAAGCUCGAGUUCCUUGACAUCUCUGGAACGUCGAUCUCUAUGUUGCCGAAAGAGAUAAGGCACAUGGUUAACAUGAGAUGCCUGAGAGCUUCUUUAUCUGCAAAAGGAGGCAAUCACAAGGGGAAACAAGUGGAGGAAUUUGAGGUGAUAAUCCCACAAGGUAUCAUCAGCAGCCUGAAAAAUCUUGAAGAGCUGAGCAUUGUUACAGACUUUGAUUUCCAAGGUGAGAAUGGGAUUGCUGUGGCUGAGAAACUGGCAAUGGAACUGGCUAGCUUGGAGCAUUUAAACACUCUAUGCUUCAACUUCCCAAAUGUGAGCAACCUUGAAACAUUUGUCACUAAUAGCAAGGCCUUGAAGAACAAAAAUACAUUUUGGGAAACUCAGACUUUCCGAUCAUUCCAAAUUUUUGUUGGUCGCCAUGAGACACCACGACGUUGUCAGGAACCAGAGCUCUCAGGGAUGCUAGGUGAGAGAUGGUUGAGAUAUUCCACCAAUGAGGGAUUCCCCCCAUCUUGCCAUGAGCUACUCAAGCAGGCCAGUGCUUUAGAGAUAAUAGGCCAUGAUGGUCUCACGAGCUUCACCGGCAGCCAAUUCGACUUGGAUCAGGUGAAAGUCUGCGUGGUUCAACGCUGCAACCGUUUGGAAAAUAUCGUGGACAUGAAUGGAGAGAUUGUGGAAGAAAACUUACUUCCCAACUUGGAGAAGCUUUAUUUGUAUGAUCUUGAGCUGCUGAAAUGCAUUUGGAGCGGGCCCGUUGCUUCUAAAACUCUUGUUAACUUGACAUCCAUAACAGUGGAUGGUUGCCCCAAUUUAACAAGGAUUCUUGAUCAUGGAUUGGCUCACUCUCUGGAGCAACUAGAGUAUCUCAAAGUGGAGAACUGUUGUCAAAUUUCAAAGAUCAUAGAGGGGUGUGAUGAAACUUCUGAUAUACUAAAAAGUUUGAAGAGGAUUGAAGUGUCAAACUUGCCAGAGCUGGAAUGCAUAUGUGUGAAUCCUUGUUCAAUAAGCUGGAAAUCACUGAAAUCCAUCAGUGUCAAGAGGUGCAGCAAGUUGAGGGAUCUGUCUUUGGCUCACACAAAUGCCACAAAGCUACCAUCAAUCCAGUGUGAAGAGAGUUGGUGGAACACAAUCACUUCAGAAGAUCAACCGAAGCUUCGUGUUUGUUUCUUCAAGGAAGAAUCCGUUGAAGCCGGAGCUCAAUCAAGACGAGAAGAAGCAUCAACCAGCGGCAGUGGGAGGCCAGAUGCUAUAACUGCGGUGUCAAGCAUGAUUAUAGAUUAUGAAGUAGUCAGCGAUUAUCUCUCACAGGAAGGUGAAGAUGAGAUGUACGAUAUACUGACUCCCGUCAUCAUUCGUGAUCCGGAGUCAAGUUCAGAGAAGUCGAGUAGAAGGUUGGAGGGGAAAUACGAGGAUGAAGAACCGCGUUUAGAAGGUAAGAAGAUGGAGCAAGAACACCCGCCCGGAACAUCUGCUGGUGCAAGCUCGACAGAAGUCGAGCUGCAGAAGGGAAACGUUGACGCCACUUCUGUUGAAAAUCAAGGAAGCGAACCAACAUCCACUUCAGAAAGUAAGCUGGUUCCAAAGGCUUUAUAUCAGAGCACCGUAGAGAAAUUCAGGAAGUGGAUGAACCGGCCGGAGCCCAAUCAAGACGAGAAGAAGCAUCAACCAGUGCCAGUGACUGCGGAGCGCCUUCCUGAGUCCUUCUUUGCUCACAUGGAGAGCCUUAAGGUGCUGGAUUUGAAUCAGACGGAGAUAACGACGCUACCAGGCUCAAUCAACAAGCUCGUGAACCUCAAGACCCUGUACCUGAAUGGCUGCCUUGGCAUUGUUGUUCUGCCGCCUGAAGCUGCUAGCCUUGUGAAGCUCGAGUUCCUUGACAUCUCUGGAACGUCGAUCUCUAUGUUGCCGGAAGAGAUAAGGUACAUGGUUAACAUGAGAUGCCUGAGAGCUUCUUUAUCUGCAAAAGGAGGCAAUCACAAGGGGAAACAAGUGGAGGAAUUUGAGCUUGGAGCAUUUAAACACUCUAUGCUUCAACUUCUCAAAUGUGAGCAGCGCCUUGAAACAUUUGUCACUCGUAGCAAGGCCUUGAAGAACAAAAGAACAUUUUGGGGAACUCAGACUUUCCGAUCAUUUGAAAUUUUUGUUGGUCGUCAUAAUCCACCACGACGCUCUCAGGAACCAGAGCUCUCAGGGAUGCUAGCUGAGAGAUGGUUGAGAUAUUCCACCAAUGAGGGAUUCCCCACAUCUUGCCAUGAGCUACUCAAGCAAGCCAGUGCUUUAGAGAUAAUAGGCCAUGAUGGUCUCACGAGCUUCACCGGCAGCCAAUUCGACUUGGAUCAGGUGAAAGUCUGCGUGGUUGAACGCUGCAACCGUUUGGAAAAUAUCGUGGAUGGGUUCAUAACCAGUGAGAAUCAAGAAAGACGUUCGCUUCUUCCCAACUUGGAGAAGCUUUACUUGUAUGAUCUUGAGGUGCUGAAAUGCAUUUGGAACGGGCCUGUUCCUCGCAAAAGUCUUGUUAACUUGACAACCAUAAUAGUAGAUGGCUGCCCCAAGCUAACAAAGAUUCUUGAUCAUGGAUUGGCUCAGUCUCUGGAGAAACUAGAGUAUCUCAAAGUGGAGAACUGUGGUAAAAUUUCGAAGAUCAUAGAGGGGUCUGGUGAAAUUUCUGAGGUUGUGGAGCUACUAAAAAGUUUGAAGAGGAUUGAGGUGUCAAACUUGCCAGAGCUGGAAUACAUAUGUGAGAAUAAUUCUUCAAUAAGCUGUAAAUCACUGAAAUCCAUCAUUAUGAAGAGGUGCAGCAAGUUGAGAGAUCUGUCUCUGGCUCACACAAAUGACAGAAAGCUACCAUCAAUCCACUGUGAAUGUGAAGAGAGUUUGUGGAAUACACUCACUUCAGAUGAUAAACAGAAGCUAAGGGUUUGUUUCAUCAAGGAAGAAUCCAUUGAAGCCGGAGCCCAAUCAAGACGAGAAGAAGCAUCAACCAGCGCCAGUGGGAGGUCAGAGCCUAUAACUGCGGCGUCAAGCAUGAUUAUAGAUUAUCAAGAAGCAAGCGAUGAUCCCACAGAGGAAGGUGAAGAUGAGAUGAUAUAUGAUAGACUGAUACACGAAGCCCUAGCUUUAGUUUAG